UCAUUUCUUACGAGGCUGACGGAGAGAACGUUUGUGCCCUAUUUUUGCCGCCGUCUGUUUCUUUUUGUCUCGCAGUACAGCUUGCUCGCGCUGCGAGAAAGCACAGGCAAAUCGUGUACAUCAUUGCCGUACGUGCAGUCUGUGCUAUGCGUUGUGCCUUUCAGUGUAAGUUUCACAUCAGCUUGCCCAGUCAGUCCUCAACGCGCUAGCUCAUCGGUGUGUGUGGAGUGGUGCCCUCGCACACACACACCAGCAUCCAGCAGUACCUCGUGCUGUCAGCGGCGUGCAGGGACAGUCCCUAGGGGCCACCACUCGCGCAGCUAGCCAAGCAGCGCACGGAAAAGCAUUGGGCAGCUCGUGCAUUAUUACAGGGGACAGCUCCUCACAGUAAAGUCGCAUCCGCCCGCUCAUCAAGCGAGCGCUCCGCAAAUAAAGUGCAGAUGGACUCGUCGCAAUCGUCCACGACAACUUUCUAUAGCUCAAUUCCUGGUGAAAGCUUCGCAAACUCCAAUGGCGGUGUUAGCGGCUGGCUGCGCUUUCUUGUGGCUCUCCUGCCCCAAGCCCAAUCGCCAAUGGUGCUGCAGGGGUGCGGCACAAUUGCUGUUACGCUGGUGUCGUUGCUACUGCCAUUGAUGUUUCUCCUCACUUCAUUCAACCAGUUCUCUUCGGCGGCGCUCAGCAGCCUGGUAGUGGUCCUCGUCUCCUUCUCUCUCCGUGAGCAAAUGGCUAAGGUUGUUUCUCUGCUAAAACGCGUCUCCUUACUGAGGCGCGUGCCGACGGUUGAGGGCAGUUGGCUGAGCGGGCACGCCAAGCUGCUCAAUCCAGACAUCUCCCUACCGAACUGGCGCCGCUGGGUGGCGCAGCAUCCCCGAAUUCUCCGAUUGCAUCGCCUGCCGCUGGACGAUUUCAUUGUCGUGCAUCAUCCGGAUAGCGUCAACAAGGUGCUGCGCUCCAGCGUCCAUCCGCGUGAGCAGUACAUCUACAGCUUCCUGCAGCCCUGGCUAGGCUCCAGUCUGGUGACGAACUGUGCGCCGGACUGCGCUGCGCGUCGGAAGCUUCUCGCUCCGGCGCUGAGCGCACGCCAUUCGGCGCGGCGCGGCGCAAUCUAUCGGGCCAGCAUCGCCGAGUUGGACACGGUGUGGGACGCUCGACUGUCGGCAGCGGCAGACGGAGAGCGACCGUGUGCAGUGGUGGAUGUUCAGGAGGCCAUGUGCCUGCUGAGCCUUGACGUCAUACUGCGGUGUGCGUACAGUUAUUCAUCACACUGUCAGAGAGCUGCUAUGCCUGAUGACUCGCGUAUGGAACAGCCUGCUGAGGACGUUGUUGCGUAUGCCAGAGCAGUGCCCAAGCUGUUGAGCAUGAUCGUAGACCGACUCCUGGCCAUCACCCAUCAUAUUGACGCCGUCUACUGGAGGACGACGGCGGGCAAGCUGUAUACGCAGCUUGUUCGAACAGCGCACUCGUUCACACACAAUCAGAUUGCCAAGCGACAACGGCAGCAAGAGGAGUCGGACACCGAGAGCGAGGACAGCGACGACCAAGUUGCCGCCAUUGCCAGGACCCAGAGCGGCGAGGACUUUCUCAGCAUACUGCAGAAGGCGCACAGCAGCAACAACAGUGAGUCGGCAACGGCCACACAACACAGCAGCAGCAGCAGCAAUCCACUGCAGCAGCACCUGGUCAGCCGGGUGCCUGGACUGGCCUCGCUCUCAGCGGAAGCCUUGCACGCACUGGAGUCGGACCUGGAAACGCUGGUGUUCGCUGGCCACGAUACCACGGCAACGGCUAUGUCCUGGGUUCUCCACUACCUCGCCGUACAUCCCGACGCUCAGCAGAAAUGCUACAAGGAGAUUUCGCACGCCAACGCCUGCUCCGGUGGUUGCGAAUCGGACAGCGCAGGUACGCACACCACCACCGCCAGCUCGGACAGUGACAACAGCUCUGCGUCUGUAUCCUCAUCGGCGUCGAGUGCCUCGGCUAGACCGUCUCGGCAGCAGCAGCAGCUGCCGUACCUGCUGGCGUGCGUCAAGGAGGCCAUGCGUCUCGCCAGCGUAGUGCCGUUCAUUCACCGGCGCCUUGGCGAGGACAUGGUCAUCGACGGCUACACGCUGCCGCGCGACACUCGCAUCAUGGUCUCACUGUGGGGACUCCACCACAACCCGGCCGUCUGGGCUCGGCCCGAGGAGUUCCUGCCCGAGCGUUUCCUGACGGCGUCGGAUCCACGCGCUCGCGAUCUCACGCUCACGCCGAACGCCACGCGCGACGCCUUCCUGCCCUUCUCCGUCGGCAGCCGCAGCUGCCUGGGUCAGCGCAUGGCCAUGGAGGAGGUCGUGUCGCUAUUGUCACUCUUGAUUGCCCGCUACGAGUUCAGCAGCCAGGCAGAUAUCACUGGCCCGGAGCCACAGCCGUACCCGACGAUCGUGAUGCACUCGAAGAACGGCAUCCGCCUGCUUGUAACGAAACGCGACGCCUAACCCGACAGUCGAGGAACACACUUACUCGUACAGUAGAGCAAGACAGCACUAUAUUCAGAACUUCAGGACUCUAAUCUCCGUACUCUUUAUGUGCGUUGUUGUUGUUUUUUUAGGUAAACCGAACUAAUGGUGUGAGCAGGGCAGAGACGCGUACACUCGUAGAUCUCUUGAUGGUGUGCCAAUAGCCUACCCCAUUCGUCUUGAUCUCGUCAAGCACAAACCCCAAUUAUAUUCCAGAGUAUUUAUUCUAUACUUCUAACAGGGAGAGCAAUACAAUUAUGACUCCUCCAGCUGCAGCCCCACUUCACUCAUUUUUUAAAUGUUUGACUUCCGGUGUUGCAGCAGAGCGAAUGCAGCUGUACUUCUUUUCUUUAAAACUGCCUGCCAUUGUGAACCCUUUGAGAAUUUAUACAGCUUUAGUGCGCUGUGAAUCAUGUUGUUUGUGUGCAACUGUGCCCUAUGCCUCUUAAGGCGACGGAUGAGGACAGUCAUACAACAUGAAUCA